UACUAUAAAUUUUGUGCCUCUAACCAAACACUCCCCACCAACAUUCUACUCUUCACCUUCUCUCUCUCUCUGUUUCACACCAAAGAAAUGCUCACUAAAAUUCUUCUUCCUUCCUGCAUCUUGCUUGUUCUUUUGUCCUCAUUACCAUCUUUCAAUGUUGUUGUGGCUGGAGAUGGAGAAAAUGGGAACCCAUUUACACCAAAAGGCUAUCUAAUUAGGUACUGGAAGAAACAAGUUUCAAAUAACUUGCCAAAACCAUGGUUCCUGCUCAACAAGGCAUCCCCAUUGAAUGCUGCACAAUAUGCAACUUACACAAAGCUUGUUGCAGAUCAAAAUGCACUCACCACACAACUUCAAUCCUUUUGCUCUUCAGCAAAUCUCAUGUGUGCACCAGAUUUGUUACCAAGUCUUGAAAAACACAGUGGCGAUGUUCACUUUACCUCUUAUAGUGACAAAAACUUCACAAAUUAUGGCACCAAUAAUCCUGGUGUUGGAUUCAACUCAUUCAAGAACUACUCUGAUGGAGAAAACAUCCCUGUAGAUUCUUUCAGGCGCUAUGGUAGAGGUUCCCCACAUGAUCAAAAAUUUGCCAAUUAUGCCCCCGAUGGAAAUGUUAUUGACCAAAGUUUCAACACCUAUACCUCACAUUCUAAUGGGGGUAAAGGUGAAUUCAAAAAUUAUGGCCCAAAUGUCAAUGUCCCCAAUAUUAAGUUCACUUCCUAUUCUGACCAAGGAGUAGGUGCAGACCAAGAAUUCACAACUUACUCACAAGGAGCAAAUGCUGGUGACCAAUCUUUUCAAAACUAUGGCAAAAAUGCAAAUGGAGCUGAUAGUAAAUUCACCAGCUAUGGGACUGACACAAAUGUUUUAGGUUCAACAUUUACAAACUAUGGCCAGAAUUCAAAUGGGGGCGACCAAAAUUUCACAUCUUAUGCUACCAAUGGUAAUAAUCCUCAAAAUAAUUUCAAGAACUAUGGUGUUAGCGGUAAUGGUCCAAGUGAGACUUUUGCCAACUACAGAGAUCAAUCAAAUGUUGGUGAUGACAAGUUCAGUAAUUAUGUCAAAGAUGCAAAUGCUGGCGAAGCAAAUUUUACCAACUAUGGCCAAUCUUUCAAUGAAGGUACUGAUGUAUUUACUGGCUAUGGUAAAGGGGCUAAUGACCCACAUGUUAAUUUCAAGACUUAUGGGGUUAACAACACCUUCAAAGAUUAUGUCAAAGAUACUGCCACUUUUUCUAAUUACCAAAACAAAAGUUCACAAGUUUUAGCUUCGUUGACUGAGGUCAACGGUGGCAAAAAGGUGAAUAACAGGUGGGUUGAGCCUGGAAAGUUUUUCAGGGAGAAGAUGUUGAAGAGUGGUACAGUUAUGCCUAUGCCAAAUAUAAAGGAUAAGAUGCCUAAAAGGUCGUUUCUGCCCCGGGUUAUUGCUGCGAAAUUACCGUUUUCGACCUCCAAGAUUGGUGAGUUGAAGAAAAUCUUCCACGCCGCCGAUGAUUCUCCGAUAGCAAAGAUGAUCGGUGAUGCAUUGGCGGAGUGUGAAAGAGCACCAAGUGCUGGUGAGACGAAACGGUGUGUUAACUCAGCUGAAGAUAUGAUUGAUUUCGCAACUUCAGUGUUGGGCCGAAACGUUGUUGUUAGGACAACUGAGAAUACAAAAGGGUCAAACGGAAAUAUCAUGAUAGGAUCGGUCAAAGGAAUCAACGGUGGAAAGGUUACUAAAUCAGUGUCUUGUCAUCAGAGUUUGUUCCCUUACUUAUUGUAUUACUGUCAUUCGGUUCCUAAGGUUCGGGUCUACGAAGCGGAUAUUUUGGACCCGAAUUCAAAGGCUAGGAUCAACCAUGGUGUUGCAAUUUGCCACGUGGAUACUUCUAUGUGGGGACCCACUCACGGAGCCUUCGUUGCACUCGGGUCAGGACCCGGGAAAAUUGAGGUUUGUCACUGGAUAUUUGAAAAUGAUAUGACUUGGGCAAUUGCUGAUUGAUACAAGGUAAAUAAAGGAUUUGAAUGAAUAUGAACCGGGUGUGUUGCAAGAAGAACACAAAGGUAACACCGGUUUGACUUAUAUAGUAAUUAAUUAUUAAUGACUCAAUUUAUAUUUUGAAUAACAUUCGUGUAAGUUCCACCAUUGCCUUCAUUAAGUUUGAAUGGCUGUCAAUUUACAGUUGUUAUUAUGUAAUCAUUCUAUUGUUGUCUCUCUAUAUUUUGGCAAAGUAAUGCAGUUAUUGCUAGA